GGAUGGCAUUUGCGGAAAUUCAAAGAUGGCUGCCGCUGCUUCAGACUCCUCUCGAUGUCGUCAGCUGACUGACAUUCUGACUCUUUCGCACAGGCAGAAUAUUUCCGGGUGCAGACUAUGGAUGCUGUCCUCACCUUGCCCUAAGAGGACACACACAGAACACACGAAUUGCUGGAAUGGUGUGUGGGCAGGCAGUAGAGAGCUUCCAGCAGCGCGGUAUAGCCGUAAAGCAGCAGCCUUGUGGCAUAGGUCAGUACAUGGCAGCCCUGGAAGUGAUGUGUACAAAGCAGUAGAGCUGCUGCUGGCUGUGCUCAGCCAUUGACAAGCCAGUCUAUCCCCCUGCACUGAGUGUGUUGUCAUGAUGUGAAGCUGAAGCGCAGGUUGCUACAAGGACCAUGCUGAAAUCUCUGGAGGGCAGGGCUGUGAAGAAAGCCCCCAGGAGGCGGCCGUACAGCUGUGAUGUUUGCCCCAAGCAGUUUGAGACCCCUUCUAAACUGGCCAGGCAUUACCUGACCCACACCGGCCAGAAGCCCUUCCAAUGCCAAGACUGCAGCAAGACGUUCCGCCAGAUGGUGCACCUGGAGAGGCACAUGACGACCCACGCUCAGCCCUUCCAGUGUAAUAUCUGUCACCGACACUUUAAAAACGCAGACACUUUUUCCAAGCACCAGCGACUGCAUCUUGAGGGCGCCCGGCUGAAAGCGAGGUUGCCCAAAAAGCCUGCGAGUACCCAUCAGAGGAGAUGUCUGGCUCUGCCGCCAUAUUGUUUUGGGUGCCAGAAGGCAUUCGAAAGUGAGGAGAAGAGACUCCUCCACCAGUGCGACUUUGUGAAUGGCACCGCUAACCGAAAAGCAGAAAGUCAGCAAUGUGACUUGUGUGAUAAAGUGUUUCCUACCCGCUCCAAGCUGGCCAGACACUUCAUGAUUCAUACAGGCCAGAGGCCCUUUGCUUGUAUUCUUUGUGGGAAGGCCUUCAGGCAGAAGGCUCACCUCAAAAUCCACGAGCUGACCCACACUCAGGAGAGGCCCUUUCAAUGCAGUCAGUGUUUCAAAUCGUUCAAGAGACCUGAACAGCUUUUCAAGCAUGAAAGCGGCCAUGUGGCCGUGCCCUCUGUUCAAAUCAAUGGGGGCAUUUCUGCUACGGAGCUUUUACAAGUAAAGGAGGAGCCUGAAGAAAUCAUCUCCGUCUUCGUUAUUCCUUUCCAGUGUUCCACGUGUGACCAGUGCUUUGAUAGUCAGGAGAUCCUGGAUGGUCAUAUGUGCGCCGGAAUUAACACUCAUGUCACUGGUUGUGAUGGCAUACCUGUAAAAAAUCCGAAAAGACGCAGUAUUUAUUUGGACCCUCCUGGGGCAAUUUUUCCCACUGAUUCUGAACCAUCGGAGAGAGCACUAAAAACAGAACAUCUGGAGGGAACCGAGUUGGGUGACCUCAGUGCACUAGACUACCGGCAGUUGGCUGUCCCCAAAAAUAUAUUGCAGCUGCGUCCCCAACAAAAGGUCAAACCCCCCAGAAAACACUUUGGGCAGUCUCAUCUGCUUCUUGGAAGGCACUUUAGAAACCCACGUUUUAAUAUAAACAACAAUAGAAUGAUAGUGAAUAGAGAUGCAGGAACAUUGCAUAGUACUUUUCACGCUGCCGAGGAAAGAGACCCAUUUCACCAUUUUCUGCAGCAGGCACAAAAUCUUUUACUGACAAGACGCAAAGUGAGGAGGUGUGACCGCUGUGAGAAAACCUUCCCUUCCAUGUCAAAGCUGCGUAGGCACUACCUCAUCCACACUGGACAAAAACCCUUUACCUGCGCCGAGUGCGGAAGGAAUUUCCGUCAGUCUGCCCACCUAAAGCGACACCAGGUGACUCACGCCGAGAGAGAUCCCCUGUACAAGCCACAAAUUGCUUUGGGUGAUUAUCAGUCGUUAUCAUUUGAUCCGUGGCAAGAAAACCCAAGUUACCAGUUCAACCAGCACUCUUGUAGGCCCAUAGAAGACAGCCAAGACUUUAGCGUAAUGGCUUUUGUUCCUGAAAUAAAAGUAGAAAUAGAAGCAGCUGAUUUGCCCGAGGUGUUAAAAAAGCCAGUGGUUACUAAGAGGGCAAGGAUAACUUUACCAAGAGUUCAUAAUGCCAAAUCGAGCCAAGAAAGAGCGCUGCAAAAAUUGAGGACCCAAGCAGUUCAGAAGAGGUACAGAUGCAAUCUGUGCUCCAAGAACUUUCAUACACCUUCCAAACUUGAGCGCCACCACCUUACACAUUCCGGGCAAAGGCCCUAUGUGUGCCAGGAGUGUGGCAAAUCCUUUCGGCAGGAUCCUCACCUAAAACGACACAUGGUUACUCAUGGUAAUAUGACGGCAUAGGUGGUUGACUCUGGGGAAAGGUUCUGGGCUUCUGUAAAUGUUAUUUUUCCCCGCUCAUCACAAAGGGGUUGAUUUACUAAAACUAAAGGGGGCAAAAUCUGGUGCAGCUGGGCAAGGCAGCCAAUCCACUUCUAACUGCAGCUUGUUCA